AUGAGCUACAAGGGUCCGUCGCAGCAGAGGAAUGUGGCGACAAAGGCGAAUGUAGUGGAAGCUGAAAAGGAGGAUGUGAUUUUGGGAGGAGCGCAUCUCGCGAACGUGGUGCGUUUACCGAAGGAGGCUCAGACAGAUGGACGUGAGAAGAGGGCGUGGUUCAUGGACAGCGGAUGCACGCGUCACAUGGCAUUCAGGUCAGAUUGGAUGGAGAAUGUGAGGGAGUCGAGUGAGGAUUAUAUACUACAAGGUAACAGUGGGAAGUUACCAGUGAUAAGAGAGGGUGAUGUGGUGCUGAAGAGUCCGUAUGGAGAGAUGAGACUGGAGAAUGUGCUGCUGGUUGAGGAUUUAAAGGUGAACCAGGUCAAUCAGUCACAGCUUGAUGACUUGGGGUGCAAGAUAUUCUAUGACAGUGGUGAGGUGAUUGUGUUUGGUCCUGAGUGGGAGAAGUAUGCUGAUGGUUACUUCAGUGACGGGUUCUAUGAGAUGAACUUGGUCGCGACGAAUGAUAUGGAUGAGAUCUAUGAGGAUCGUGAGUAUGGUGAGAUGGGAGAACUGGAGGAGUUAUUGACUAAGGUUGAUAAGAGCGAGGACACGGAUGAUACGGGAGCGAGUGUGGAGGCAGCAGUGAAGCAGGAAGAGGAGAUAACCCCUCCUGCUCCUUCUCACUUCCCCAACUGCUCCCCUUCAUUUCCCCUCCUGCUCCUUCUCACUUCCCCCACUGCUCCCCGUCAUUUCCCCUCCUGCUCCUUCUCACUUCCCCCACUGCUCCCCUUCAUUUCCCCUCCUCCUCCCUCUCAUUUCCCCCCUUACUCCUCUCAUCUCCCCCCUUCCUCCCUCUCAUUUCCCCCCUUGCUCCUCUCAUCUCUCCCCCUCCUCCCUCUCAUUUCCCCCCUUGCUCCUGUCAUCUCUCCCCCUCCUCCCUCUCAUUUCCCCCCUUGCUCAUCUCAUCUCUCCCCCUCCUCCCUCUCAUUUCCCCCCUUGCUCCUCUCAUCUCUCCCCCUCCUCCCUCUCAUUUCCCCCCUUGCUCCUCUCAUCUCUCCCCCUCCUCCCUCUCAUUUCCCCCCUUGCUCCUCUCAUCUCUCCCCCUCCUCCCUCUCAUUUCCCCCCUUGCUCCUCUCAUCUCUCCCCCUCCUCCCUCUCAUUUCCCCCCUUGCUCCUCUCAUCUCUCCCCCUCCUCCCUCUCAUUUCCCCCCUUGCUCCUCUCAUCUCUCCCCCUCCUCCCUCUCAUUUCCCCCCUUGCUCCUCUCAUCUCUCCCCCUCCUCCCUCUCAUUUCCCCCCUUGCUCCUCUCAUCUCUCCCCCUCCUCCCUCUCAUUUCCCCCCUUGCCGCCUCUCAUCUCUCCCCCUCCUCCCUCUCAUUUCCCUCCUUGCAGCCUCUCACUUCCACCCUUGCUCACUCUCGCUUCCCCGCUUCCCUCUCAUUUCCCUCCUUCACCCCUUCAUUUCCCAACCUAAACCCUUAUUUUCCCCACCUUGCUCCCCGUCAUUUCCCCCCCUUCUCCCCUUAUUUCCCCCACCUUGCUCCCCUUCAUUUCCCUCCCAGCUCUGGCAUAGCCCCACUGCCCUCCCGUCCUUUUCAUCUUCCCUCCCUUACAGGGUGGAUCCCUUGCAAAAUACUGCCCCCCACUCGCUCCCUUCCAUUCUCCCUUCCACGCUCUCCCAUCGCCAUGCCUUAAUUUCUCAUCCCCCCUCCUUCCAGGGUCAUCUCACCUCCCAUGAGAUCCCACUCGCUCCUUCAGUCCCUGCCCAUACUGCCGCUGCUGCUGCCUUUGCCGGAGCUGCCCCUGCUGCCACACCCAGUGUUCCUUCCUUCGGUGUUCCCCCCGGAGCAGGAGGUAGCUCAGGAAAGGAGGGGAAUGCAUGGUGGAGGAGGAGGAGACAUGAGGCGAGGAGCAGCCAGUGGGGAGGAUUGUUCGCCCCACUCCUUUGA